AUGUUCUGUGUGAUUUUGGGAAUCUUGGUCACCUUUGCGACGGACACUUGCAAUGUCUAUGGAGUCGCGAUUGUCGGAUACCUUGGAUGCGGUCUCGUCUUGACUUCCAUCAGUGCUAAUAACUUGAUCUAUGGCAAGCAGGGGGCUCAACAAGCAGGAGGCGCAGGCUUUAUCCUGCUCGCCAUGGUUAUUGCUACGCAUCGUGGUUUCAUCGACUCGUUCGCCUUGAACAAGGAGCAUCCAGGAUCCUACGGUGGCAGUCGCCCGAUGUCCAGUGCCUUCGGUGCCCGCCCCGAGACCAUGACAACCAAUCAACAGACUCCUCAGAUGUACACGUCCGCCCAGCUGAGCGGCUUCGAAACUUCGUCCCCGUCUCUGGAUACGCCGCCCCGCCCCGGCAACCCCCAAGAAGGCAGCGAGGUGCCCCAGCCCACUGAAUACCCAUACCGCGCGAAGGCAAUCUACUCGUACGACGCCAACCCAGAAGACGCGAACGAGAUCAGCUUCGCCAAACACGAGAUUCUCGAAGUAUCGGACGUCAGUGGCCGAUGGUGGCAGGCUCGGAAAUCAAACGGCGACACCGGCAUUGCGCCCUCGAACUACCUCAUCCUCCUGUGA